AUGGCGACGGACCUGAGCGCGAGUUCCAUCGGGGGAGUGCGCGCCGCAACGGACUCGGCCGUAGGCGCCUCGGGCGGGCCCGAGAACGCCUACGAGAAGCUGUCGCGGGAGGUGCAUCAGAUGCAGCUCACGGGCGCGAUCCACACGGACUGGCUGGAGAACCCCAAGGGGUUCUUGCUCAAGCCAGACUUCAAGCGCAAGGCUCAGCACGUGGGGGCCGGGGGCAAGAAGCUCAACAGCUCGCGGCUCUUGCGGCUGCACCUGCCGGGGAACACGUACCGAGUGCGGUGGUUCGUGCUGGACGGCAUGAUCUUGCGCUACUUCAAGACGAGCACCGAAGAGCAGGAGCUGGGCGCGAUCCACUUGACGUCUGUCAACGCCGUGCUGCCUUCGAGUGUCGCAGACGCACCGGAACACGCGCUCGAUCUGGUGUGUGCGGACCGGAUUUACACGGUAGCCGGCAAUGAUCGAGAGGAUAUGGUGCGCUGGGCGACGGUCUUGACGUUGGUGCUGCGCGGUGAAUACAAGCCGAAGCUGAUGCUGCGACCCGAGUCGUCGAUCAUUCGAGGGAGCUCAGUGAUUCCGAGACCGAGUGCAGCCGCGAGGAAGACGGCAUUGACGCCGGGGUCGAGGUUUACGGAUGCAAAUGGAAUGCGGAUGACAGGAACUCUCAUUGGUAGUAUGGGAGACGGCGACUCGAAGAAUAAUGGCGACGACGAUGCCAAGGAAAAGAUCAUCACGGUUACGUUUGAUCAGCCAGGUCCAUUGAACUUGAUUCUUCGCGGCACGGUAGAUGACGAAGUGAUGGUGUGUGGGUUUCAAGAUGGUACGGGACCCGGUGGGGAGCUGAGACCUGCAGAAGCAUCUGGCGUUAUUCGAGUGGGUGAUGUGCUCAUUUCGAUCAACAGUCAUUACUUUACGAAUAUCGAGUUCCAGCAAGCUGUUGAUCUGAUUCGUGCCGCUGGGCGACCACUUACGCUGCGAUUUUCUCGAAUCGACUAUAGCAUGGCACCAAUUGUGGAUACCGCUCGCGUUGCAGAAGGACGAGUGCUUGCCAAGGAGCCAUCAGCACUUCGUUUUCGCAUUCGGAUGCUGCAACUACAUGGAGAUAAGCUGAAGCUGUAUAAGCCCAGUAUGCAGGGUGGAAGAGUUGAUGAACCAUGUUUGGUGAUCAGGAUGGAACAGGUGACAGAUGUCCGACCUACUAACGAUACGCGUGAAGUCGUCACAGCAUUUACUCAGUGCCAUCCCAAGCAAUGGGGCAUUACGCUGGAAGGGUCACAGAGCAUCUUCACGUUUUACACGAAAUGUCAGGAGGAUAUGGGGCAGUGGGUCGAUUUACUCAAGAACUCGCCGCUGUUUUCACCAAAGGCGACGAGGCUGUCCAUCCCUGUUCAUCCUGUGGCAGUUGUGGAAUUUAACCCCGUCCUUGAGCCUAAGGUCGUGCUGCAAGAUGAUGUCGGUAAACUGGGCGACUUGCUGCCAACGUUCUCGUGCUAUUAUUUUCUUCUGCUUGAAGAUGGCAAGCUGAUGUACUACAUCAACGCCAGCUCAGCCGCUACGCGCACGCGUCCAAUCGGCAUUCUACGCUGUGACAAUAUCGUCAGCAUUGUGCCUAGUCAGAUCACUGACGACACGACAACUGACAAUGGUUGCAGCAGCGUCACUUCUUCUAUCGAUGGAAUCACCGAACAAAUGAUGCCAUGGCGUCUUGAGCUAGGAGUUCUUGUCCAAGACUCAGCGACGAAGUACCGCCGGCCAUUCGUAAUUUGCUUUACUACACAGGAAAAAAUGAUGAAGUGGGGAAUUGCUGUCGGCAAAGAGGCGAAGCGCCUCACGGGGCAAGAGUACGAUCUAUCGUCGAUCAGUCGACGUUCUUCGCGCAGCAACAGCCGAACGUACACGCCGCGUCAUUCCGACACGCCUAUGACGCGACCAACGAUAUCGCGCCUGAUAUCGAACCCAUGCAAGUACAUUGAUCCGAACGUACUUCAACCAUUUUGCCUCUAUCGCAGUCUGAAGGACGUGACGAUGAAAGCAGCCAAGCGUGGAUGGUUUUUCGUGAAGCGACCACAGAGUGUGGGCACGGGUGCAUACCAUCCUCGGUUUCUCGUUCUAAUCGAUAACGACUUGAUGUUUUUCAAGUACGAGGUACUCGCGGAGGAGAGCUUGCAUUCGUAUGCCAGCAUGAUCGAUCUCCGAAAAGUCAAGGAUGUGAGGGAAGCUGAGUCUGGUUUUCAAGAGCACCUUGACUUCACUAUUCAGCUUACCACUGCUGACGACAUUGUCUGGAUGCUGGUCGCGGAAAGCUAUGCACAGAAAGAAGCAUGGCUAUCGGCGUUGAUCUGGCUGUCCGACUACUACUAUCGAUCGGCUGACAGUGACGUUGACAUCGACGUCACGCCCCCAAUAAACGAUGCUAAGCGAAUUGCGUUGAAUAAUGCCGGGUUAAUGAUGUCCAUUCCUGAGUCAGAAAGAUCAAGUAGCACGACGAACCAGUACAUGGACCGGAAGGAUCAUUUUGGCGCGGUAGGCAUUGCACAAGAACGGUUAUUGGCAACCGAUCCGGGCACGGUGCUGGCAAAUGAUUUCACGGGAAUCAGCGGCGAGAUCCAGAUAGCGGGCAAGAGAGUGUUUGCUGCCAUCUCUAGUGGUGUUUUCCGUUACUACGGCUCUCAAAGUGAUUACGAGAGCGAGUGGGGUGAUGCUAUUGACGCCGUUUCGCUGAAAGAGAUUGAGGAAGUGCAUUCGGACGGAUUGAACUUGGGCAGCUUUGUGGUAAAGGUAAAAGGUGAAAAGGACAUACAGUUGGUUGCCGAAAGCGCAAAGUUGGCCAAGUGUUGGAUGCUGGUGAUGUGUUGUUGUGGCGGUUUGGUCCUAAAGAAGACGCCACACGCCGAUUAUUGGGCCAGUGUCCAGCCGAAAGAGGCUUGGAUAUGGAAACUCGAUCGGCUGUACCAAGUCUUUCGUCGUCGAUACUUUUCUUUACGGAACCACCAGCUUAUCUUUCACACCGAAGAGGGUGGGCGUAUGCUAGGCAUGAUCUCGUUGCCUUGCAUAUUCCACCUCCAAAUGUCGAAGGUGUGGACACGCAGCAAAGAUGAAGCCGAUUUCUACCAGUUGGAAGUCAGUUUUGCGGUUCCCACAGCUGCUGAAGAGAGCUCGCGGACCGACCAAAUUGGUGACUUCUAUGCCUUCCUGUUGGCCUUUGACACGGAAGAGCAAUUGAAAGAAUGGGCGAAUGCUAUCUACGAUUGCUGUACGAACUCAAUGUCACUGAAGGGCAAUGCGGCAUUGUCGCCGCUUGGCGAGAUCCAAGUGCUUCCGAAAGAACUGCUCAAGAUCUCUACAUUCGACCACAGUGAUGACGAGUUCUUUAAAACUGCCGGAUUGCCACUUAGCCCGACAGCGCCGUCAAAAAGACCAUUUCCGGAUGUGGCUGCGUUCGCUAGUGAGUUCAGUUCCAGCGGAUGGCUCUAUUAUCGCACUUCGAAAGAAGAGCGUAUACGUCUGCGUUACUUCAUGCAGUGGGGCUACGAGCUGUCGAUUUAUAAGCACGAGGUGCUUGCAGAUGAAGCAACCGCUAUCCGCUACGGCGUCAUUGACUGCCGCGCGCUUGUGGAUGUGCGCUUUGCAUACAUCAACUCGCCCGAAAAUGCCGUCGAGCUCAUUCUUGGAUCAGAGACCAGUGUGAUUAUCAUCCCUCGCACGGAUCAAGAAGCUGUCAUGUGGCGCAGCUCGCUGCUCGAUGUAAAGCGCGCCUACGGGCAGUUGGAGUCUGGCAAAAACAAGGAGGAUACGUUUGGCACGGGUGUGUUUAUUAGCCGUGGCAGCACCUUCUCGACCCACAAGGACAACGAAGAGUUGUUGCGUCUGCAAAUCGAAUCGGCCGUCAUUUACUCGUCAAACCUUCAGGAUUGGGACGGUCGCAAGUGGAUGCCAAAGUAUUUCGUGCUGACGAGCUCGCGCGUACUCGUCAUGUCCCUCGCGCUGCAUUUGUUUGACGAAGAGCCUGACAUCCUAGGUUCGUUUGCUUCCAAGGAUAUCCUCGAGGUCCGUGCGUGCAACGAAAUGGAAGAAGUGGAGGUUGGCAAUUGCAAGUCCGCUUGUGUCAUUACGCUACGGCCACAAACGGGCGGCACAGCCGAUGCGAUACAGACGGUUCCUGACCGCAUGAUCGUCAAAUGCGAUUCCAUCGAUCACUGCUUGGAGUGGAUGCGCUUGUUGUGCGGCAGCAACGGCAAGCUGGAGCUCAAGAAAAAUGCUGCCACGGGCUACUGGGGCAGCGUGAACCGCAUCGCAUCGCUUUCUCGACACCAGAGCUUCCUUGCUACUGCGCCUUUGUCCGCCGCCAUCGCCGCCGCCAAUGCGGGUUCCGGUGCUUCAACGAGGAGAAAGACGCGCCAGGAUGCUGCACGGAAACGCACGUCGGAACUCAUCAUGAAUCGCAAGAGCAUGAUGGCACACCCGUGA